AUGAGCAAUUCUCACUAUAGCAAGAUCGAAGCAGACACUGAUAGCAGUGAUCAUGAGGCUCUCCUUUCCUCUCCCGAUGCAAGCCACAGUUGGUCGACCAGCCAGCCUAAAGGGUGGUUGAGCUGGUUGAGCAGCCCUAUAGUCACCCUUGUUCUUGUCUGCAUAGCAUUUGCAACCGGCUUCUUCAUUCAAGCCAUUCCAUUCUUCAGCAAGGACUCUCUGUGUGCGGCACACACCACGCAAUACACUCCUCCUAUCCUUUCAGACGUCUCCAUUGAAUACAGCUCAGUCGAUUACAAUGGAUCCUUCCUCCAAGAGAACAUCUACCGACGCCCGGCAAGCCCUGAAGUCGAUGCUGCGUGGGAGGCUCUAGGGGUCAACUACCGUGGCAUCCGUGUGCCAGAGGACCAAGCUGUCGCUGCAGGCAUUUCUAAGUCUCACGUCAGGAUCAACAAAAAGCAUGGAGGUGGCUAUCCUGCAAACGUCGAAGGACUUCAUCAUCUUCACUGCUUGAACUUGCUCAGACAAACCUCGAAAUACAACUUUGACUACUACAAGGCACUGGGAGAAGGGGCAUUCAAGAACGAUGACAUGAUCGUCGAGAAGCAUGUGACGCACUGCUUGGACAUACUUAGGCAGCAGCUGAUGUGUAGGGCUGACUUUUCGGUCUUUGGACAAGUGUGGACUCAUCCCGAAUCGCCAAAGCCAUUUGUCGACUUCAAUACCAGACACAAAUGCGUCAACUACGAUGCUAUUAGACAGUGGGCGGAAGAGCGCCAACUACCCAAGGGAGUUCCAAAAGACUUCCUAGAGCCACCCAACGAGGACUCUCGGAUCUACCCAGGAACGCCUUAG